AUGGAGGAGAUUCAAGAUCAGGGCGAGGCUCAGCCACGCCGUAUUGUUCCCGAUGAGGAGAUCCGUGAUAUCAUCAUGAAAGACAUCUACACCUUGGACGGAGAGACCUUCACGGCAUACAUGAAUCGGACGAUUUUCCAGCACGAGAUCCUGAGGGUCUACCUGGGCAGUCUCCGCGACACGAUCCAGGACUAUCACAUGUCCCAGAUCCCCUCCAUGUACUCGACGCCCGACGGAACCAUGAAUGUCGUCGACCGAGGCAUCCAGGCCAUCGCCGCCACGGUGCAGACGAUGGAGACGGAGCUCUUCGACAUGCGCGACAGCUUCAAGCGCGUCGCUAUGGACCCCGCCAGCCAGCGCACCGUCUCCAAGGCCGGCAGCGAGCUCACUGUCGAGGCUCUGCGGGCUGAGCUGGACAAGCCCCGGUUCAUUACCCUGCACGGCAUUCUCCUGGCCCUGGUCGCCUGCUACAUCGUCUGGCGCUGUGAGGCCCUUCUGGCCAAAGUGAUGUAG